AUGGCGCCUACCAAGUCUGAAGACACUUCUAGAAAGCUGGAGCCAAUCAGUGUCAGCAACAGGAUUGUUCACUUCAAGGUCUCAAAUAUAGAACGACGCUUCAGUACCCGCGAAGGUACUCGAACUCCAUGGCUCCAGAAUCUCAGCUUUACUCUAAUCGACUCCUACAAUUUAGAUCGCAUAUGCAAGACCUCAAUGUUCUUCAUAUACCGUCUCCAAAAAUGUCGCAAACGCAUGUCCCCAACCGACGAACGUUGCAUCUGCACCGAUACCCUUGAUCCCGUCGUCAAAGAUAUCUCUUUCUGCACCAAUUGCGGCCAGAAUUUCCAUGAAUCAUGCAUGGAGACCUGGGGGAAUUAUAGAAGAACCGCUAGGAGAAGGAAUUCUCCAGCAAACUGUCCAACGUACCGCGCUAGCUGGAAGACAGACUCACCCUUGUCCAAUAUGAAUGUAGAGACUGAACUCGAUGCCGAGGCUUUGCAGAUUUAUAUGGACUGGGUAUACACAUCUAGAUUGGAGAUUCCGGCACUGAUCUCGUGGGGCACUAACACUUUCACCCUCAUCACGCUUUAACUCUUGGCUGUUGCGCAUGCCUUCAAAGACCUUAGGCUCAAGUUCCGAGUCCAAAAUCUUUUCUUCGUUCAACCGGACGCAUUUUUUCGAAUGGAAAGCGUAAACUUGGCUUCCGUAGAUCGAGAAUCCUACAACGAGAUGCGGGAGUUCGUAAGGCUGAUGGGCCCAAUGAUCAAGGGAAAGUCUGUAAAGUGCAUCGAUUAUGUUAGGGAUUCUUGGACGGAGUAUUUCGAAGCAGUGCUUCGCUCAAAAGAAGUGUAGGAGAAAAUUUUAGUGGAAGUGUCUACACACUGAUUGCUUCUUCUUUGACAACCAACACAUGUAUCAUGAAGAGAUGCAAG